GAAAUGUACAGGAGGACAGUGUCAUGUCAUUAAUCUUCGUCUAAAUUCAAGCCCGGGAUCAAGUCCGUCUUGUCCGCACGCAAACGCGUCACUUCAUCAAUCAACAUGGUCAUGAUCUCGUUCUUGUCAGCCAUCUUGAUACGGCCGUUGUUCAUUAGCGCUUGCUUCAUGAUGGCAAACGCUUCGUAGUCCGGAUCAUCUUUGGGCACAUCCACGCUCAUCGUGGGCAGCUGCACGUCCCACACCGACGUGUAUCCCAUGCGACGGAAAGCUUCCUUCAGCACCAGUUCGCGCUCGUUGUCUUCCAACUUACCACCCUUGGGGAUCUGGAUCAAGUCCAUCCACAGGUCCGAACCAGACGUAAGCGGCCACGUCUUGUCUGCCAUGAUCAUUUCGUUUUCGACACGACCGCGGACAGGAAUGUAGUCGGACUCUUCUUCGUUGUCGUCGUCAGAGUCCAUGACGGAUUUGAACUUGCCAUACUCAGAGUCGAGCUCUUCGUCAGUAAAGAACACAGGGGCCGCUACGCCGGUCCCCGCAGACAAAUCGGCAGUCUUCUUGCGCAACUGCUCGAUUUCUUCCGUUUCCGUGAACCCGGUGGGCUUUUGCGGGGCGUUGUCAAGUGCCUUCUGGAACAAAGACUUCUUUGCCUUUCCUUUCUUAGCUAACGCUUCCUCCGUCGACAGCGUCGACAGGUGUCGGCUCCAUCCAGACACCGAGCGACGCACAGACCUAAGGCUUCGUUGCAUCAUGGCGAUUGAUUGAUGUCCGCC